AAAACAAAUCUAACAAGUAAACAAAAAAUAUUAAAUGAUAUUAAUAGCUAAACUAAAAAAACAUAACUAGAUAUUUAAUGUAUCCUUGCCUUAUAUCCUGUCCUGAUUGAAUCAUUAAAGACCUUCACAUAUUCUGAAAUACAAAAUGGCAAAUAUAAAGACCCAAAACAGCAGGAAAAAAGUGCAGGUGUCUAUGGUAAUAUGCGAAUCAGAAGAAAGAAAACAUAGAUCGGGUGUAAAUGCCCUACAGUUUGACCCGCAAUUGGAUAGACUCUAUUCAGCUGGCAGGGACUCUAUUAUAAGGGUGCACGAGCAUGAACGUUUCAUCCAUGGAAUGGAACACCAUACGGAUUGGGUGAAUGAUAUUGUUUUGUGUUGUGGAGGAAGACAUUUGAUUUCUGCAAGCUCAGAUACAACAGUUAAAGUUUGGAACGCCUACAAAGGUUUUUGCAUGUCCACAUUGAGAACACACAAAGACUACGUAAAGGCCCUAGCCUAUGCUAAAGACAAAGAACAAGUUGCCUCGGCAGGUUUUGAUAAAUCAAUUUAUUUAUGGGACAUCAAUACUCUAACAGCCCUAACGGCUUCAAAUAAUACUGUUACAACUUCUAGCUUAAUUGGAAGUAAGGAAUCUAUUUAUAGCCUAGCAAUGAAUCCUCCUGGUACAAUUAUAGUCAGCGGAUCAACAGAAAAGGCUUUAAGAUUGUGGGAUCCUAGAAGUUGUGUUAAGCAAUGCAAGCUUAAAGGUCAUACUGAAACUGUUAAGGCUCUAGUUGUGUCAAAGGAUGGUACUCAAUGCAUUUCAGGUAGUAGUGAUGGCUCUAUUAAAGUUUGGAAUAUUGGCCAACAAAGAUGUGUCCAAACUAUACUAGUUCAUACCGAUUCUGUUUGGGCUCUUUUGGCAACAGAAAACUUCACACAUAUAAUAUCAGGAGGCAGAGACAAAAAAGUCGUAGUAACAGAACUGAAAAACGUCCACUGCAGUAUUCUGGUGUGCACAGAAGACGCGCCAAUUCUUAAAAUGUGCUUUACCAACGACCAAACGGCUAUUUGGGUAUCCACAUCCAACUCGACAGUCAAAUGUUGGAAAUUACCCAUGGAGAGGCAUUUUAAAGCAGAAAUUCCUAUGCCCACACAGCCAACGUCUAUGAUAGCUGGAGAUGCUGCCAUAGUCAAAGCUACAGUGCUAAAUGACAAAAGGCAUAUUUUGACUAAGGAUUCUUGUAGUGUUGUGGCGUUGUAUGAUGUAUUGAGGGCUAGCAAAAUAGAAAAUUUAGGUCCGGUGAACUAUCAAAAUGAAAUAAAUGCAAGAAAUAGUGCAAAAUUAAUGUACGUACCAAAUUGGUUCAAUAUGGAUCUGAAAACAGGGAUGCUAACAAUUCAUUUAGGCCAAGACGAAGUAGAUUGUUUUUCUGCCUGGGUUUCGGCGAAAGACGCCGGUAUCAGCGACCAUCCAGAACCCGACCACAAAGUCAAUUAUGGCAAGUUGCUAUUGCAAGCCUUAUUUGAACAUUGGAGAGGAGUUCAGACUGAUCAGGAAAGUAAAAUUUAUUUUACCGUUCCCAAACACAUUCCGUUAAUUUUAAGUGAAAUUGGUGGUAGAACACUCUACAGGGUCUUGGUUGGUGAUACUGGAGGUGAAACAGAGAAUGCUCUACUAAAUGAAACAGUGCCAAAUUGGGUUAUAUCGAAUAUUGAAGAUAAUUGUACUAGUAAAUUCACAAAAGUGCAAUUCUAUUUGAAACCUCAUGCUAGUGUGCCAUCAAAUUUGUUGAAGCAGGAUAGACUUAAAAAGGCUGACAGAUUAGUGGCAAACGAUUUCAUCCAAUGUAGAAAAGUAGCAGAACAUGUUCUAGACAAAUUACUAGGAGAAGGAACCGCGACGUCACCAGGUGGAGGAGGAGACGGUGACUCUCAGACUCAGAACAACAGCGGAUAUACAGUGGAUCAGAUCCAAUUGACUUGCUCUGAUCAGUCUGUUGAUCAUUCUAUGGAUUUGCGGACGGUGAAACAUUUCAUGUGGAAAUACUCGUCAGAUUUGGUUUUGUUUUAUAAAAUCAUCAGUAAAUGAAUUGAAUGCAUUGUUUUUUUGUUUGAUCUGAGUAGAACGGGUAGAUAAUGUAUGACUUAUAUUUUAUAAAUGAUCCAACCUUGGAUCCAUCCUGGUUUUUUGCCAACCCUGUGUGAAAUCUGUAUAUCCCUUGGAUAAAAACUUGGAAUAUGUUCUGACAUUCUCAUUAAGUGUGUUAAAGGAAGUGAAAUGAUUAUAGUAUUUUUUCUUAUAUUUGUACAGGGUGGGCCAAUUUGGACACUUUCUUAUGGAAACACCCUUUCUUUUUAGAGAUAGAGAAAAAUGAACUCCCCACUCUGAGGCUCAAAUUUCAUGAAAUUUUGAUUGGUGUAAACCGCAUUUUGAUAUCUUCAACCGUUUAGCCGCUAGAGGGCGAUUCUCGAUUUUGAGCAAUCUUGUAAAACCUUAAUAACUUUUUUGUUUAUGAAAAUAAUUGAUUUCCGUAAAAACUUUCUGGAAGCACUUUUUCAAGCAGAAUUCAGUGACGUUCUCAGUUUUUUUCUAUUUGGCGCCGAUUUUGAGAUAUUGACCAAGGACUGAUUUUUUUCAAUAGGACACCCUCUAUAUUAAUAGCUCAUUGAAAAGGUAUGAUUUUUCUGAUUUUAUUGAUAUAAAGUUCGAUAAGUUUAUCUCUAACCGUUUUCGAGAAAAAAAAUUAUUUCGGUUUUUCUCAUAAGAAGCAAUGUGUUAGAAAAGGAUUUUAUAUCUGUAAGGAAAAUGAAAAAGGUCUCUUUCUAACAUAUUGUUUCUUAUGACAAAAACCAAAAUAAUUUUUUUCUCAAAAACUAUUCGAGAUAAACCUAUCGAACUUUAUAUCAGUAAAAUCAGAAAAAUCAUAGCUUUUGAAUGAGCUAAUAUUAUAAAGGGUGUCCUAUUGAAAAAAAUUAGACUUUGGUCAAUAUCUCAAAAUCGGCGCCAAAUAGAAAAAAACUGAGAACGUCACUGGAUUCUGCUUGGGAAAGUGCUUCCAGAAAGUUUUUACGGAAAUCAAUUAUUUUCAUAAACAAAAAAGUUAUGAAGGAUUUAGAAUAUUGCUCAAAAUCGAGAAUCGCCCUCUAGCGGCUAAACGGUUGAAUAUAUCAAAAUGCGGUUUGCCCCAAUCAAAAUUUCAUGAAAUUUGAGCCUCAGAGUGGGGGGUUCAUUUUUUCCUAUCUCUAAAAAUAAAGGGUGUGUUUCCAUAAGAAAGUGUCCAAAUUGGCCCACCCUGUACAUAAUUUUUGUAAUGUUCUUUUGAUUAUCACCGUGACUUCUCAUAAAUUCCAAAUAUUUGCUUCCAGAAUACAAAAAAUUAAUGUUUAAUUUUCAGAAAGUUUGUUUAAAAUUGGAUUUAGGUUGAAACAACUUUUUUACCAAACAUUGCCAAUUAAGUUUUGUAACAUGUAAAACGAUGUAUUAUAGAAAUUAUUGAGAAAAAUCCUAUGCUGUAAUUCAGUAUAGAAUUAUUGUACGAAAAGUUUAGAAAUGUUUUGUUGAUUUUUGAAUUAAGUAAAUCUGAAAUAAUUUGUUUUUAUGUUAAAAUUUAUGUAAACUUACGUCUAUAUUUUACAUAAAGGCGUUUAAAUUAAAAUUGUGCACCUCCA